UUUUGUGUGCGUGAGGGAAGAGAGGAGGCGGAGGCGGAGGGAGCGGGAACGAGCAGGGCCGAGACCGGGACGUUCGAGGACGAGCGGAGCGCCAGCGCCCCCUUCCUUUCCCCCCGACUCGGUGCCGCCCCCCUUCCCGCGCGCCCCCUCGGCGGCCCGCUCGCUCGCUCCCUCGCUCUCUCGAGGCCCUCAGGCUCCUCGACGGCGGCAACCCGGAGGGGAAGCGGCGUUGAACGCGGGGAGGGGGGGGGCGGCGGCGGCGGCGGAAGGGAGGCCGGAAAAAAAGAAAAAAAAAAGAGGCGGGGACCGAAGCCGGAGAAGCGGGAAGCUUGCAGAAAUCGAGGCCGGGGAUCGAACGCGGCCUAUCGAGGGGUUCGGCCCGCCCGCCUGCCUCCGUUGCCGGCCUCCCCUGGCUCGGGCCGGCCUGGCUCGGGGCUUCCCCGGCGCGACUCUCGGCGGCGGUCGGUCGGAUACGGCGGGGGGAGUUAGAAUGGAACUGACUGAAGGCCCUAUGAGAAAAAGGGAAAGCUAAGGAUGCUGGAGCAGAACAAUGGAUUUCUCCUUCUCUUUCAUGCAAGGGAUCAUGGGAAACACAAUUCAGCAACCACCUCAACUCAUUGAUUCGGCGAACAACCGCCAAGAGGAUGCUUUCGAUGCCCACAGCGACAUCACGGAAGAUGGUCGACAGACACCCUAUGAAGCUGCCCUUGCCUUACAGCAAGGUUUUCAGUAUCCCACGCCAACAGCCGAGGACCUUCCGCCCCUCAUUAAUGGAUUUCCCCAAAUUGGCAUGUACGAGCCCCAGGCCAAAUUCCAGUCCUUCAGCCAGUAUCCCAAUGGCUCUGCCAACGGCUUUGGCACCGUUAGAAACUUUAGCCCACCGGAGUAUUAUCAAAUGGAGAACUCUAACCUAAGGCCCCACGACCUUCUGGAAAAACCUUCUCCUCCUCAGCCCCCACCUCCCUCGGUCUCCCAGACGGUGAUUCCAAAGAAGACAGGCUCACCAGAAAUUAAACUCAAAAUAACCAAAACUAUCCAGAACGGCAGGGAAUUGUUUGAGUCCUCGCUGUGUGGGGAUCUUUUAAACGAAGUGCAAGCCAGCGAGUUUGCGAAGUCCAAGCACGAAGGGAGGAAGGAGAAACGGAAAAAAAGUAGCAAGCAUGACGCUGCCCAUUCAGAAGAGCGCAAGUCACGCAAGAUUCCGAAACUUGAGCCGGAGGAGCAAAAUAGACCAAAUGAAAGGCUUAGCAUCCAGUCUGAAAAACCAAGGGAAGAAAUGGCAACAUUGGACGAAACCCCGGUGCAGCAGGUUGCUUCUUCAGUUUCUGUGCAAGAGGCAAGUGAUUGCAAAUUUGAAGUGGGAGAUCUUGUCUGGUCCAAAGUGGGGACAUAUCCUUGGUGGCCCUGUAUGGUUUCAAGAGACCCUCAACUCGAAGUUCAUACUAAAAUUAACACGAGAGGUGCACGAGAAUAUCAUGUUCAAUUCUUUAGCAACCAACCUGAAAGAGCUUGGGUACAUGAAAAGCGGGUACGAGAAUAUAAAGGACGUAAACAGUAUGAUCAGCUAGUGGCAGAGGCUGCUAAGCAGGCCAACCAUUCUGAGAAACAAAAGAUUCGCAAACCGAGGCCGCAGAGAGAACGGGCACAGUGGGAUAUUGGCAUUGCCCAUGCUGAGAAAGCGCUAAAAAUGAGUCUGGAAGAGAGGAUAGAACAGUACACCUUCAUCUACGUAGAUAAAGAGCCAGAAGAGGUGUCCUCAAAAGCCAAACGGAUUGUCAUGCCUAAGAUCGAGGCUAAAAAGAUCCGCAAAAUCAAAUCGCCGCCAAGCUCUCCGCCGGAACAAACCAAUGAUGUUUUGGCCGCACCUUCUCCACCCAAAAUGGAGAUCCGGAGGUAUAGCCAGAGGAGACAGUCCAGUGCAGAUGAAGAGUCCCCGCCUGUGAAAAUUCAGUGGAAAACUGCUGCGGCCAGAAAAUCCCUCCCGGCGUCAAUAACCAUGCACAAGGGAACCCUGGACCUUCAAAAAUGUAAUAUGUCUCCGGUUGUUAAAAUUGAACAAGUUUUUGCUCUUCAGAAUGCAGCUGGGAAUGGAAAGUUCAUUGAUCAGUUUGUUUACUCUGCAAAGGGCAUAGGAAACAAACCCGAGAUAAUCAUCAAAGGGCACGACAAAGUCACCUCCAUCUCUAUCCCGCGAAUGGAGAGAGCCUCGUCACAAAGCGCACCCUCUCCCGAAACGUCUUCUGGGUUGGCAAGUUCUGUAGAAAAGAAGCAACAGCGAAGAUCAAUUCGAACUCGCUCAGAGUCUGAGAAAUCCACUGAGGUUGUGCCAAAGAAGAAGAUCAAAAAGGAGCAGGUAGAAACAGCCCCACAGGCAGCAGUGAAGACUGGCUUACAAAAAGGUGCCAGUGAGAUUUCCGAUUCUUGUAAACCUCUAAAGAAAAGAAGUCGGGCCUCCACAGAUGUAGAAUUGGCUAACUCAGCUUACAGAGAUACCUCCGAUUCUGAUUCAAGAGGACUUAAUGAUAUACAGGGUAGUUUUGGAAAACAGUCAGACAGCCCACUGGCUACAGCAGAUGCUGAUGUUUCUGACGUCCAGUCGGUGGAUUCGAGUUUGUCAAGAAGAGGUUCAGGGACAAGUAAGAGGGACACUGUUUGCCAGAUUUGCGAAAGCACCGGUGAGUCUCUCGUCUCCUGCGAAGGCGAAUGCUACAGGGUCUUUCAUACAGAAUGCCUAGGACUGAGCUCGCAGCCUGAUGGGAAGUUUAUCUGCCUGGAGUGCAAAAAUGGGCAGCAUAUAUGUUUUUCCUGCAAACUUCCCGGCAAAGAAGUGAAGCGCUGCUCGGUCAAUGCCUGUGGCAAAUUCUACCAUGAGGCCUGUGUCCGCAAGUUUACUACAGCCGUUUUUGAAUCCCGAGGAUUCCGUUGCCCUCAGCAUUGCUGCACCGCGUGUUCUAUGGACAAGGAUAUUCAUAAAGCAAGCAAAGGUCGUAUGGUGAGAUGUUUGAGAUGCCCCAUUGCCUAUCACUCAGGAGAUGGCUGUAUUGCUGCGGGAAGCUUGUUUGUGUCAUCCCACAUCCUCAUCUGUAGUAACCAUUCCAAAAGAAGCAAUCACUCCUCAUCAGCUGUAAAUGUAGGCUUUUGUUUCGUUUGUGCAAGAGGGCUGAUAGUGCAGGAUCAUUCAGACCCCCUGUUCAGUUCAUAUGCCAAUAAAUCUCACUAUCUACUGAAUGAAUCAAAUCGUGCUGAGUUGAUGAAAUUACCUAUGAUUCCUCCUUCUUCGUCAGCUUCCAAAAAGAAAUGUGAGAAAGGUGGGAAGCUGUUGUGCUGUGAAUCUUGUCCCGCGUCCUUCCACCCGGAAUGUCUUAACAUAGAGAUGCCAGGCGGCUCCUGGAACUGCAACGAUUGCAAAUCGGGCAAGAAGUUGCGAUACAAGCAGAUCGUUUGGGUCAAACUUGGAAAUUACAGGUGGUGGCCAGCUGAGAUAUGCAAUCCCAGAUCUGUUCCUCUCAACAUCCAGGGCCUCAAACAUGAUGUUGGGGACUUCCCGGUAUUUUUCUUUGGUUCACAUGAUUACUACUGGGUGCAUCAGGGGAGAGUCUUUCCCUACGUUGAAGGAGAUAAAAGCUUUGCUGAAGGGCAAACUAAUAUUAACAAGACUUUCAAAAAAGCACUUGAAGAAGCAGCAAAACGCUUCCAGGAACUAAAAGCACAAAGAGAAAGUAAAGAAGCACUUGAGAUCGAGAGGAAUUCCAGAAAACCGCCUCCCUAUAAACACAUUAAAUCCAACAAAGUGGUAGGAAAAGUCCAGAUCCAAGUUGCAGACCUGUCCGAAAUCCCUCGGUGUAACUGUAAGCCGGCGGACGAGAACCCUUGUGGCCUGGAGUCAGAGUGCUUGAAUCGAAUGCUGCAGUACGAAUGUCACCCUCAAGUUUGCCCCGCGGGAGAACGCUGCCAAAAUCAGUGCUUUACCAAAAGGCUCUAUCCGGAAGCGGAGAUUAUCAAAACCGAUCGACGCGGCUGGGGUCUGCGGACCAAACGGAACAUUAAAAAGGGUGAAUUUGUCAAUGAAUAUGUUGGUGAAUUAAUUGACGAGGAAGAGUGCAGAUUGCGAAUUAAGCGUGCCCAUGAGAACAGCGUGACCAAUUUUUAUAUGUUAACUGUUACCAAGGACCGCAUAAUAGAUGCUGGACCAAAGGGAAACUACUCUCGCUUCAUGAACCACAGCUGCAACCCCAACUGUGAAACCCAGAAGUGGACAGUGAACGGAGACGUCCGGGUGGGACUCUUCGCUUUAUGUGAUAUUCCUGCAGGGAUGGAGUUAACAUUUAACUAUAAUUUGGAUUGUCUGGGCAAUGGAAGAACUGAAUGCCAUUGUGGAGCAGAAAAUUGCAGUGGAUUCCUAGGAGUGCGGCCAAAGACGGCGUGCGCCACGGCAAACGAAGAGAAGGCGAAGAACGCAAAGCUGAAGCAGAAGAAACGGAAGAUAAAAACGGAGCAGAAGCAGAUGCACGAAGACAAUUGCUUUCAGUGUGGAGACGGGGGUGAACUCGUCAUGUGCGACAAAAAGGACUGUCCCAAAGCAUACCACCUCCUCUGCCUUAACUUGACACAGCCGCCCUUUGGGAAGUGGGAAUGCCCGUGGCACCAGUGUGCCAUCUGCGGCAACCCGGCGACUUCAUUUUGCGAGUUCUGCCCUCACUCCUACUGCAAAGAUCACGAAAAAGGAGCCCUGGUCUCUUCGGCCUUGGACGGACGCCUCUGCUGCUCUGAACACAACCCCAAGGCUCCCGUGGCCCCCGAGUACUGGGGCAAGAUCAAGCGUCGACUGGAACAGCAAAAUCCGGAGGAAGCCUCGAAGGAGUGAAAGAGGCCCCCUUUUCACGAAAACGCAACCCCCAACAUUUGUUCCCCGUUCUGGGUGUGGCAAAUCCUUGUGAAUCUAGAGACAGCGCCAGGGGAAGCCUCCUCAAAUCUGUCUUUUUUAGAGCUGCCUCUGUGGGACUCGAGAUCGGAUCGCCGGAUCUGGGAAGGCAGUUUAGGAGCCUCACGCAUCUGAUUAGAUCCGUUUCCCGCGAAUGUGUCUUUCAGGCUCUAUGAAGAUCAGGAAGAAGCAACUUGGCAUCCGUUGUUUGUUUGUUUUGUUUUUUUAAAAGAGGAGACCUUUCUAAUGCCAGGGGAAGGGUUUGCAAAAAAAAAAAAGAAAAGAAAAGAAAAAAGGACCUUGAAUUUAAAAGUAUGUUCUCUGCGUGUAGAAGAAAAAAGAAAA